GACAUCAUGAACAAGACAAAGAAGCGCCAAAAUUGCAUCGAGGCAUUCACGGGUGAAGGUGUGCUGGGCUUGUUCCAGGAGGCCAACAAAGUCCUGGAAAAGAUCCAGAACACCCUCGAAGAUUACCUAGAGACGAAGAGAAUGGAGUUUCCC